AUGGCUUACGCGUUCCCAAGUCCACGGAAGCGACGCCGCCUCCAAGAUUGGGAGGAGAACGAAGGCGAUAUCGAUAUAGAACAAUACCUACAUCGCACCGAUCCAUUCCGAAGCAUUGGCUUCGCAAACCCUGAUCCUAUGGCCCUCCAGGUCACUACUAUCACGACGGAGGAAGAUCCUACAUAUCAUCUACACCAUGAGAUCUACAACACCCUCGACCGGCACGACCUUAUCACCCUUCUCAAUUACUACUCCCUUUCACGGUUUCAGAUAAAAGUGAUUGAUGUCGACCACUUCUAUAUCCCUACAUUAUUCCCUAUUCAUUCAACGGCUGAGCUUGCUAUUGCAUUUCAAUAUCGUAAAGAUGAGAUCAUCCGGGUCCUUGACGAGACUUUUGGGACAAAAUGGCAAUUGCUUUCUCCGUUCAAUAUUGGCAACGAUGCCCGUUCCGCGCGGCCAGCCCUUUUUGUUGGUGUUCCACCUUCAACGAAUGCAAACUGGCAUUGGCUUCAAGGCCAGCUGACAUAUCAACUUGCGUCACACAUCUCGCCUGUUUUCGCAGAUGUCGAGUUCCUCCCUGGGAAACUCAGUCUCCAGUAG